CCUUAACUACUGGACAUUCAUAAUGUUUUGCAUACUAUAGAAAGAAAAACGGUUGUGGUGCAGUGACAAAAAGUGCUUCUUGAACGUAGUUUUGACGCGGACAAGUUUUAGUGCAGUGAAAGCGAAAAUGCUUCUAGGUGCCGUCCCCGAUGACGAGGCCGCAGGACUGCUCCUGCCGACGGCUAAGGCUACUCGUGCCACGGACUUUUCUAUUGCGGCUAUAAUGGCCAAAGGGGGCAGCUCCCCACAACAGUCUUCUCGUUCCGUCUCCCCACAAACACCUCCACCGGAUGUCAGACUUCAAGAUCCUCCUUCCCGUCUCAGUUCUCCGGCUUCAGUUGAACGUCUCGACGAUGACGAUAUUGAAGUUGACGUGGAAGAAUGUUCUGAUGGCGAAAUGUCAUCUUCGAAAGCGAAAUUUCGACAAUCACCCCCCAUAUCUGAAUGUAGUUCGGAUCAAGUAGACGCAGAUCGAAUUACACCCGAUCUUCUGCCGGAUAGGACGAUUUCAAAAACUAAAAUACUUUGUAACUGUGAAGAACUCACCACCAUUGACUGUCACUUAGAAACAAAAGAUCUUUGGGACAAAUUCCAUGAACUGGGAACCGAAAUGAUCAUCACCAAAACUGGAAGGAGGAUGUUUCCGACAUUGAGGGUGUCAUUUACGGGGGUGCGUCCGGAACAACGGUACGCCGUAGUCUUGGACAUAGUGCCGGUGGACAACAAACGGUAUCGGUACGCGUAUCACCGGUCGUCGUGGCUGGUCGCGGGCAAGGCUGAUCCUCCGGCACCUUGUCGAUUAUACGCACAUCCAGAUUCUCCCUUCUCAGGAGAGCAGCUACGGAAGCAGGUCGUUUCUUUCGAGAAGGUCAAACUAACGAAUAACGAGAUGGACAAGCACGGUCAUAUAGUACUAAAUUCCAUGCAUCGUUAUCAACCGAGGAUACAUUUGGUAAAAUGGCGGGAUCAUGCUGGACCUAUUACGGAUCUUGAACAGGAACAAUACAGGACGUUCAUAUUUUCGGAAACGGUCUUCACAGCAGUAACGGCAUACCAAAACCAACUUAUCACAAAACUGAAGAUUGAUUCGAAUCCAUUUGCAAAAGGUUUUCGGGACUCUUCUAGACUCACCGAUUUUGAUAGAGAUCCCAUGGACAAUUUAUUCUUUGAGCAACAGUUUCUACGAAAUUCUCUGCGGCUUUACUCUACCGACCCCCUAGAUACAGAAAAUAAUAACGCCAGUGCUUUGUUUUCGGCCGCCAUGGUAGAAAAGGCUAGAAGUCACAUUCAAAUUUGGGGUAGAGCAAGUGGGGUCCAAUACAGUCCCAGUGAUCUUCAAGCAAUGCUACUUAGCAGUUCUUCUGCGCAAUAUCUAGGUCAACGUUCUGCGAUGUCUCUUGGUCUUCAGAGUCACUUAUGGAAUCAAGGCAGCUCUCCAUGGCAAACACCACUUCACAGUGGACUUCCACCAGGUCUUCUGGGUCCACCAAAUGCUCAAAGGCCGCAGAUAACACCACCACCUCCUCAGUCAUCAACGCCAUCAUCGUCAUCGGGAUCGCCAAGUCCAACUACCAUUACCACCAGUUCCGAACUUCGACUACCCAAAGCUUUCUUUCCGAGCACUUUUCACCGUUUUAGUCCUUAUGUGUCGCCAUUAACUAGACAACCUACCAUCAGUCCUAGGUCGUCGAACUGAUAGUGUAAUUUUGUUUAAUUUUAGGGCCUUACAGCCAACUUUAAACCAAAGAAGUCUUUCUGUAAUAAGGACUACCCAAAUACUGAUUCGUGAAUUGUAUAUAUUAGUUAAAUGUGUACAUUACAUUUGUAAUUUAAUGUCGAUAAUUAUUGAAUGUUGGUGAUGUAAGGUAAGUGUAAAAGAGCGAGAGUAUGUUCGGGAGAGCAGCUCGUGUUUAUUGCAGUAUUAUAAUUAGGUAUGUAUAUAUUAUAAAUAGAUUUGUAUGUAUGUUAUGUUCAAUUGAAUCCCUGUAAUAACUUUUACAUUUUCAAAUUUAUUAUUUAUCAUCGACCAGCGGUACUGUACUAUAGUGAAAACGUUGUUCCUUUACAUGCGCACACUCAGUUAUUUUAGAGAAAAUUAUUGCAUGUACUUUUACGAAGUUAAAUUUCAUAUAGCGUGUAGUGAUGGCAAUGAUUACUGUAUUCAUGUUUUGUAAUUA